AUGCCCCCCGAUGCAGCGGCGUUACCAUCUCUACCAAACAUACCACCGUGGAAGGACAGGCGUCCUUACUCGGUGGGGGGCAACAUGCAUUCCACCGACCCGGUCACCAGACAUGGCUCUUUUCAGAGUGGCUCCCCAGCAAUACGACCCCGAUAUCCGAACAUUAAGGACCUGCAGGAUCAGGCUGCUUCAUUGAAUGUAAACGAGAAUACCUCGCUCGACACUCUCCUAAGUACAGCGUCCGAGGCAAUCGGGCAAGCCAGGGAUCUUGCAGACGACGACAAGUCGGACAAGGCAUAUGUGCAGUACCUCCGCGCUUCGGAGAUCACCAUCAACGUCAUCCCCCACCAUCCGAACUACAAGACAGCGAUCACUCAGCACCCCGGAUGGUACAAGGAGUUUGCGGGAUUGAUGAUGGCGGUGCGAACCAAGCAAGGAACGAUGGAUGCGAUCAAGCAGGAAAUUAUUGAAGACAACUUGAAAAGCAACAUACAACCCAUGGGACUAUAUGCAUCCGCAUCCUCUGGAAACGAGCAAAGCUCUAUGACUCCCCGGGGCCGUGAGAAUCGCGAGGCGGCAGGCCAAGCCAUGAGAAUGCCGAGCCCAACACAGUUUCAGCGAAUACCUGAUCCCCAGGCCAUUCCGAAAAGACUCUCAGCUCCUGCUGAUGAUAUACUUGCACAACGCUUUGCAAGGCUCAAGCCUUUCCAAACCCGUGAAAACGAGCCUGGCGCAAACAUGCACUCUCCAUCAGGACCUGCAGGUCAGGUUUCCACCUAUACCUCCAACACUCCGCCAAGCAAUCAUGCGUCCGCCUAUGGAUCACCGCCCAGACGACCUUUGGGGCCUCGCAGUAUGGGGUCAUCCUCCGCGGUUCCAAGUCUUCCUCCGAAACUCCCUCUGGCGACAUCUCUUCCACGUGCCCCCGAUCCUGCCUAUAGUCCGAUUUACACUGUGCCCACGCAGCCUCCGUCGAACCCGCCAAGGACCUCCACCGAAAGUGUGCGACCAAUAACCCAAAGAUACUCCCAGUUCUCUGAUUCCCCGCGGGGUAGCCCAAGCCGAGGUCCUCCUGAUAACCCUUAUCGGUCAAUGACCCCCAAUGGUGUCAACUCUGUGCGAGAAACACGGAGCAAUUCCCCCGAACUGCCCUCGAAUUCGGCAAUCUCAGCCCAGGAUCUUCUUGAAUAUUUGAGGAAAUUCAACGUACUUGUGGUCGAUGUUCGUCCCCGGGACCAGUUUGACAAUGGGCAUAUUUAUGCCAAGUCCAUCAUCUGUGUUGAACCGGUGGCUUUGAAGGAAAACGUGUCUGCAGAAGAGCUUGAGGAGCGCCUUGUUGUGUCCCCGGAGCAUGAGCAAGCAUUAUUCGAGCGACGAAACGAAUUCGACCUUGUUGUUUAUCACGACCAAAGUGCAUCGUCGGUCAGCUAUCUUGCAGGUUCGCCCGUCGGAACGUCUGCUCCUCACUUGAGAGCUCUACAUGACACUCUUUAUGAAUUCAAUGCAUACAAACCCCUGAAGGGCGGCCGCCCUCCUGCGCUUCUGCUUGGUGGUUUGGACGCGUGGAUUGAUUUACUUGGACAACAAUCUCUCGCGACAUCUUCCACUGCUGCUAUAAUGGGGUCACUCCAGACCAAGAAGCCUGUCCCGAGGCCGGGUCGCCCAUUGGGUCGAGUGCCGACCAUGGCCAGUGCUAACUCAAGCUUGGAAGUUCGCAAGAGGAGACUUCGAGAAUUUACACCCCUCAACUCGGAGGAGUUGACGGCGUGGUUGGAAAGAUCGAAGAAAGAAGAGAUCGACACGAGCACAUACCUCGAGGAUGAGCCGUUCACUGAGGAGCCCCAGGAAGAGAUGGAACAGCCUUCGGUCCCAUUUGUCCACAAUUAUGAGGAUUUCUUGCGCCGCUUUCCCGAACCACAUGCUCAACAGUCUAUGGUGCACGCGGCUUCCCGGCCAGCUGUCAUGCCUGUUCCUAACUAUGCUGCUCCGGCUCCCGUUCCCGUAGCUCCAUCGCGCCCCGCUCCUGCAGUUCCUCGGCCUAGCUACAGCGGCGUUGCCGAUGGACGACUUGCUCAACCUCAUAUGGAACGGCAGAACUCGGCCAAUCGUACGGCACUGUACACACCUACCUCCAUCCGGAGUCGCAAGCUUCCUCGAACUGGCCUUCACAAUUUCGGAGUCACCUGCUACAUGAACUCGACGAUUCAGUGUCUCAGUGCGACGGUGAUGAUGAGCAAGUUUUUCAUCGACGAUCGGUUCCGGUAUUAUGUGCAGAAGAACUGGAAAGGAUCGCAGGGUGUGAUGCCUGGGCUUUAUGCCAACCUCAUCCGAUCCUUAUGGAAGGAUGAUGUGGAAGUGAUCAUGCCGACUUCCUUCCGCAACUUCUGCGGUCGAUUGAACCGGGAAUGGGUCAUUGAUCGGCAGCAAGAUGCCAAGGAGUUCUUCGAUUUCUUGGUGGACUGUCUUCACGAAGACCUGAAUAUCAAUUGGCAACGGAAUCAGCUACGACCCCUGACCCCCUCGGAGGAGAUGCAGCGCGAACGGAUGCCGGUCCCUAAAGUCUCCCAGAUUGAGUGGGUCCGGUAUUGCCAUCGGGAGGAGUCGUUCAUCUCAUCACUGUUUGCGGGACAACAUGCUAGUCGACUUCGUUGCACAACCUGUCACCAGACAUCUACCACUUACGAGGCUUUCUACAGCAUCAGCGUGGAGAUUCCCGAAACUGGCACGGGCGAUAUCUACCAAUGUCUGCGUAGUUACUGCAAAGAGGAAAUGCUCAGUGGGGAUGAGGUGUGGAAGUGCCCGCACUGCAAAUGCAAGCGUAGGGCCACCAAGCAGAUCAUCAUCACGCGCGCACCGCAGAUCUUAGUGGUCCAUUUCAAGCGUUUCUCCGCAUCCAAAACGCAGAGCGCACGGAAGAUCCACACGCCGAUUGAGUUCCCUCUGCACGGGCUACGAAUGGACGACUUUGUGGUUCCGGGCCCCGACUCUUCGGCACCAAUGCUGGACGCCACGGCCCCGCCCUUUAACUACGACGCCUUUGGCGUGCUACGUCAUAUCGGAUCCUCUAUGGGCAGUGGUCACUACAUCUCGCUUGUCCGGGAUGCUGAGCGUCAGUCCUGGCGGCGGUUUGAUGAUGAUCGAGCGGGUGACUUUAACCCACGCGACCUGCGGCCUCGUGAUCGAUUGCAGAAUGAGCAAGCAUACAUAGUGUUUUAUGAGCGAGUUCCAGCGAAAUGA